UGGUCGCUGUCUGGCUAUGGCUCACCUGCUCCGGGUGGCCCGCGGGGGGCUGUCUCCCUGGAGGGGUUACUGCUCCAGGGGGACGCAGGGCGUGCUCAGCGAGGGCUUCGUGGAGGCGCUGAAGGCGGUCGUGGGCAGCCCCCACGUGUCCACCGCCGCCGUGGUGCGAGAACAGCACGGGCGCGAUGAGUCCAUGCACAGGUGCCAGCCGCCAGAUGCCGUGGUGUGGCCCCAGAGCGCGGACCAGGUCAGCCAGCUGGCAGCCCUGUGCUACGGCCAGGGAGUGCCCAUCAUCCCCUUCGGCACCGGCACCGGGCUUGAGGGAGGAGUCUGCGCUACGCAGGGUGGGGUCUGCAUCAACCUGAUGCACAUGGACCGGAUCACCGAGCUGAACCCAGAGGACUUCUCUGUGGUGGUGGAGCCUGGUGUCACGCGCAAAGCUCUCAACACCCACCUGCGCGACAGCGGCCUCUGGUUUCCUGUGGAUCCAGGUGCCGACGCCUCUCUCUGCGGCAUGGCGGCCACGGGGGCCUCCGGCACCAACGCUGUGCGCUACGGCACCAUGCGGGAUAACGUACUUAACCUGGAGGUGGUGCUGCCCAACGGGCGGCUGCUGCACACUGCGGGCCGGGGCCGGCGUUCCCGGAAGAGUGCAGCUGGCUAUCACCUCACGGGGCUCUUUGUGGGCUCGGAGGGUACGCUAGGCCUCAUCACAGCCGCCACCCUGCGCCUGCACCCUGUGCCCGAGGCUACGGUGGCUGCCACCUGUGCGUUCCCCAGUGUCCAGGCUGCUGUGGACAGCACUGUGCAAAUCCUCCAGGCUGCAGUACCUGUGGCCCGCAUUGAGUUCCUGGAUGACAUCAUGAUGGAUGCCUGCAACAGAUACAGCAAGCUCAACUGCUCCGUGGCACCCACGCUCUUCCUGGAGUUCCAUGGUUCCAAGCAGGCGUUGGAAGAGCAAGUGCAGCGGGCAGAGGAGAUCGUCCAGCUCAACGGGGCCUCCCACUUCUCCUGGGCCAAGGAGUCCGAGGAGCGCAGCCGGCUCUGGGCAGCACGGCACAACGCCUGGUACGCGGUCCUGGCCCUGCGGCCGGGCUGUAAGGGCUACUCCACCGACGUUUGUGUGCCCAUCUCCCGGCUGCCGGAGAUCCUGGUGCGGACCAAGGAGGAGCUCAAGGCCUCAGGACUCACAGGAGCCAUUGUCGGGCAUGUGGGCGACGGCAACUUCCACUGCAUCCUGCUGGUCGACCCGGAGGAUGCAGAGGAGCUCCGGAGGGUCGAGGCCUUCGCGGAAGAACUGGGCAGGCGUGCACUGGCGCUGCACGGAACUUGCACCGGGGAGCACGGCAUCGGGCUGGGCAAGCGGCAGCUGCUGCGGGAGGAGGUGGGCCCUGUGGGCCUUGAGGCCAUGCGGCAGCUCAAGGCCACACUAGACCCCCGAGGCCUCAUGAACCCGGGCAAGGUGCUGUGAGGAGCUCGGUGAGCCCCCAUGUUCUGGAAACUCCCGUCACGCCACUGAGCCUGCAAGGAUGGACAGGGCUCCUCCCCUGCCCUCUUCCUGCCUCAGGCCUUCAGUCCAGCCGGUGACUCAGGGUGGCUGCUGACAAAGCUGCUUGCUCCCUGCUGUCACACAUCUCUUCCUGGGUGGGACAGCCAGGGUGAGCCCACCCGAUGCCCUCAGGCCUCUUCACUGCUAGGGGCCCAGACCCGAGGCAGGAUGACAAGAACACUCCUCUCCUGUGAUGGGAAAGGACCUCUCUCUGCACUGGCGGGUCCUUUCCUCAAAGCCCAAGACACCUGAACCUUGCUUACAGCUACUGGACACUGGCAGGCAGCACCCCCAUCCCCACCUUCUCCUCUCAGGUCUGGCCAGCCCGGUGCCACCAUGGUUCUGGGCUUGUACACUGAUCUGCUGCAGCCCGGGGAGGGGGCUUUGGGGGUGGGAAGCAUGCCAGUUAGUUCCCUGUCCCUUGCAGACACUUCCCGAGUCCCCCAGGCGCUAAUACUGUGACCAUUCUCCAAGCAGCUGCAGCUCCCUGUUGCUAGAACUGGGCCACACUCCUUAUGGAGCGGUGUACUGGCACCCCGAGCACUUUUGCGUUCAAAGUCAAGUUUCCGUCCAUCCUGGGCCUGUCUUGGGAUACCCUGGCCAGAGCUCUUCUCAGGUACUAGAUAGCUGUUCCCUGUGAGCCCACAAGAGGGCACCCGAUACCACAAAGCUCAGUCCCCACAUCAUCUGCUCUGGGCACCUGCUGCAGGAAACCCACCCCAAGUUCAGGGCCACUGGCUCUCCUCCCAGGGUAGAGGAGGGGCCUAGGGGCUUGGAACACUCUCUGAAGCCCCAGGGACUUGUACCUAUCCUAUCUCCCUCACCUCUGCACCUUGGGCUCCUUAGAAAAGGGGUAAGAAAGGCAUCCUCCUGCUAGCCUGGGAACUCCCUUCCUAUCUCCCCACCCCUUGGAGCCUCAUCUCUCCCAGCAGCCAUUUAGGCCCUGGGCUGAGGGAGUGUCCCUGCAACUCCUCAGUCCAAUCCUGGCCCCAGGAUCCCCUCUCCUGUGCUGAUAUCGGGCUCUCGCAGAGGGCAGUGACACCGACCUAAGCCUCGAGGACAUGCUCCCGUGACAUUUCUGUCCCUUGGCUGCUCUGGUUGCGAGCAGAGGCUGUGCCAAGGGUAGUAUGGUGGCCAGUCUCACUGGUCCUCUUCCCCCAACCACCCCGGGACCUAAGCAACCCAACUGUGGCGCCGCGGUCCCCCGGCCCCUUCCCCUUCUGCAGACUGCCCGCCGCCGGCCGUCACAGGCUGUCUCUUCCGCGACACGGGCCCCCCCACCCCCCCAGUGCCUGGCAGCUAGUGAGGUGCUCAGCAAAUGGCCAUUUCCCCACAAUAUUUUUUUUAUUAAGAAAAAUUCCAAACAUACAGAAAAGUUCAAAGAACAAGUACACCGUUCACGGAAACAGCAGCCACUGCAAAUUCAAACAACGAACAUUUUGCCUUA